UGCUCCUCCUCCCUGCCCCUUCAUUCAUUCGCUUAUCAGUUUUACUAUUAACCAUCCUCCCCCCCACUCCUUGGAUCAUUAAUCCCAAUCUUCUUCACUGUUUAGAAACCCUCUUCUUUCCUUUCCCUUCUUCAAACGGGCGUCUCUCUAACCUCUCCCGUUCGCUUCCCUCCUAGGCUUCUUUCGUCUCGUAUCAUGGCUCACAGCUUGGUGUGCCAAUUACCCAGCGAUCAGGAAAGAAGAAGCAAAGAAACCAUGAUAUUCAACUCCCUCAACCUCAACAUCUAUUCCUCUCCCUCCAAAACAGAUCAGAUUAUGUCCAGGUACAGACCCAUCGCUCCAAAGCCCCAACUGUCCACGCAUCAUCAUCCCAUAUUGGACAGCACGUCAACACCUCCGCAGAAACCCCAACGUCCUCUUCCUUUCCUGAGAAACCUCUCCCCACACUUGCAGACCAGGUCUUACAGGGGAUGUAGAAAGAGGACCAAAGUCGGAUUCUCACCUUGCAACUCCAAGAGAUCAACAACUACUACUCUGCUAGAGUUCUCAUCGUCUUCUCUUCAUGCAGCAGCAUCUUCAUCAUCUUCAUCCUCACCCCUGGCUGCUAACACCCUCCUCAACCUAUCCAUGCGCCAGGGUUUCACCCGUGUUCUCCCUAAGCCAACCACUAGAUCCGCCAAUCUCGCCACCCUCCCCCUUCUCCCACAUCCUUCCCCCGCUGCCCAUGCCGGUGCAUUGACCAGAUCUUUACCGGCAACAAACUACUUCUCACAGUUCGAUGAUAGUGAUGAGAAAGCUUUGGACCUCAAUUCUCCUACCUCCGAAUUUCCACGAGAAGAGGACCACCCGCUGCAGAAGCUGCACGCACCACCACAGCUUUCCUGCAAGGUCAUAGCACCACAGCCCUUGAGACCCAUAGGAUCAAGCAUCAGCGUUGGAUGGAUAAGCGAAAAUCCCAGCUCAAUCUCAACCUACACCUCGUGUGCCAUGCCCACGCGUGCCCCCAAGAGGCCCGAGGAGGUCGAGGAAGAGGUUGAGUCCGAGGUGCUGCCGGCCGUGAUCUCGGAUUCUAACAACAAGGUCAGGCUGGCAAACUCGGCCUACAAAGAGAUGGUUGGGCAGCCAGAAUGCUCUUGGCUUGAUGCUACCUACGAUGCACGGGUAAGUGGCGGUGCAUGCAAGAGGAUCGGCGGAGAGGUGACGCUGCAGCUGCCGGACGCGGCGGCCGUACCACCUGCUUCUAAUGGUUUUUCAUGCAAGGUUAAGAUAGAAUGGGGGAGCGAUGGGAAGAAGGGUUUUAUUUAUGCUCCAUGUGAUGUCAUCAGGCUAGCCUGUGUCUCUAAGGACUAUCUCUUCACUUGGAGAUUCCAUACCAGAGGCAGAAAGGCUUCUGAGGCCGAUUCCAACGCUUAAGACUCAGAAAAAUGGUCUCCCUAGGCCUCCCAUCACAUUAAUCGUAUUUUGUAACUAUAAAUAUAUUAUGUAUGCACCUUAUUACAGGCAAACAGAUCUUUUUAGCAA